CUCUCAUCCUCUUGCAGUUACCUGGGAGAAGAGGCCAACCCCCACUCCACCACAUCCUCCUUUCAGGUUUAUAAUAAUAAUAAUCAUAAUAAUAAUGUCCUUUCAGAGAGCAGUAAGUUCUCCCCUGAGCCUCUUCCAGGCUUCUUCAGUUCCCUCCACCACUCCCUGUAAGACUUGUGCUCCAGACGCUUCACCAGCUUGAUUGCCCUAAACAAUGAUCCAGUGAUCAUCAAAUCCAGCUCCUAGCUCCACACAGGACCACCCAAAAUUCCAGCUACAUUUCUAUGAGCAAAAUGUAAAGUUAUUUGUCCAAUUCACUGUUGCCUUCAUGAUUUCUCCUCUCAAGUGUUGCUUUCUCUUUAGGAUGUCAGUGGACAUCUCUUUGGCCACCACGCUCAAAAAAAAAAAAAAAAAAAAAAAGAUGGGUGUCAGUAAAACUGCUGAGUUGAAAUAGGAUUCAUUUUGAAGCUUGUUGCUUGUCAUUAGACUAAUUCAUUUUUUUCAAGAAAAUAUUAGAAUUAAUUUUAAACCCGAAUUAAAAAAAAAAACACCUUAUAUAUUUAGUCCAAAGAAUGUACUAAUUCCUGGAUACCUGGACAUCCCCAUCAAAUCCUUUUCUGUUUUCUUCCCUUUUUUUUUUUUUUUUUUUCUGCCAGUUCUCUUUUUUUCACACCUAGAUGUCUGCUCACGUUUGAGGUUUUAUUGCAUCUGUUAUCUUUAUUCAUUCUGCCAGGCUCACAUUUUCUUUUUCAUCUUGUUUUCAAAAGAAUUUCACAUUUUUUCUAUCUUCAGUUAAUUAAAUACUCAGAUUUUUCUUUCUUACCUUUCUUAAAUUGAUUUAUGUAGGCCAUUCUGAUUAUUUUUGAAUAGUUUUCUGUGAAGUGGACUGACAAAGUAAUGUAUAGCAUGGUUUAGUUUCCUCCAAACAUAGCAUAUUCCUAUGGAAAAUAAUAAGUGAGAAAAUACUCAUUUUUCUCUGACAUUUAAUAAAAGGCCAUUUAUUGUAUUUUGGGAAUUCUGAAAGGAUCUUAAGUAGACCUUUUUUGUUCCUAAUAGUAAUUCUCUCUAGAGUUCCUUGUUCUCUUAGACAACUGUAUGAAAAGCUAUAGGUAUUGUGCUGUUUCUUAUUUCCUGUUUGGACCUUCAUCUUGCGUGGGUUGCCUUGAGAAUAGCUGGGAUGUUACAGGUAGAGCAGGAAGUCUGGAACAGUCUUGCAGUUUGAUAACCUAGUAAUUAGUGGUAUGCACAUGGGAUUUCCAGGCUGGGGUUCCUCAGUCAUACUUUGCGUGGUCUUGAGAUGUGAGCAGUGCCACUUUGCUCCAAUUGGGCCCCCCUUGGGCCCCAUCUCUUGGUAUCAUUCCAUGCAAAAAAAUGUUUGUUGCACUUUUCUCUACCUGCCAACUCAUGGAUCAUACAAUGCUGAGAUGGAGAUUGGGUGAGAUGUAGCUGUAAAUGCAGGCUCUUUUUUUUUUUUUUUUACAGUCAUACAGAAAUUUAUGGCUAUUUUGCAGUAAAUUACUGUAAUUACAGACUAUUUUUUUUUCUUUUAUAUGCUUGGUUAAGUACAGCAAGAAAAAAUGGCCUCAAGUUGCUCCAGGGGAGUUUUUGAUUGGAUGUUAGGAAAAUUUUCUUUACAGGUAGGGUUGUGAAGCAUUGGAAUGGGCUGUCCAGGAAAAUAGUUGAGCCCCCAUCCCUGGAGGUAAUAAAGGGUGAGUAGAUGUGAUGCCUAGGGAUGUGGUUUGGUGGUAGACUUGGCAGGAUGAGGCUUAAUGUUCUUAACAUGGAUGCCCAACCUUUUGGCUUGCCUGGGAUCAUUGAGUGAAGAGGAAUUGUCUUGGGCUGCAUAUGAAUUAUAUAAUGUAGUUCAUGUAUAUAAGUAACAAAUCUUAUUUUAUUUUAUUUUUUUUUAUUAAACCAUUAAAAGAGAGAAACAAAACCAUAAAACUAGUAAGAUGUUUGACCAUGUUUUUGUGAAACUGGUGCAUCAGUGGUUUGAUGGCAGUGAUUGCAGUUCUUAGUGAAUAUAAAGGUGUUCAUCAGAAAUUCUGGAUGAAAUUUUACUCUUUCCAUGUUUCAUCCUUGAAAACAGUUGUUCAGAAAUGUACAUACUGCCAAAAAGGGUUGACAUGAAGAAGGUGUGGUUGUGAAGUGAGGGGUAUUUCUCUCUGCUAAGAUAGAGCUUAUACAAGUCUGGUAAAGAGACAUGUCUGAUUGCAGCUCCAUACAUUCCAUUUGAAAAUGCAGGUAAUGUAUUUAUGUUGACUGAAAACAGAGUCACAAAUAUACAAAAAAAAUUAUGAUUCUUUCAGUAAUGUUGAAAUCUGUUCCCAAAUUCCUUUAUCAAAACAGAAGGCGCAGCUGCAUAUAUUUCACUGUUCACAGAACUGUGCUAGGCGAUGUAUCAAAAUGUGUACACCUUUUUUUUCAUAACUUAAGCCAGCACUGCGCUGCACCUGCCCUGUGUCCCGGUUUCAGCCCAGACAGUGCUGAUCACACACUGAUGUGUGGUUGUUGUGAGCAAUGGAUGCACUCCCACAGCUGGGUUGGGCUGCUCGCUGGGCCAGAGCUGCUGCCAUGAUGGUGUGGGGCAAGCUUUGCUGAGCUGCAGGUUGGACACAGCUGAUCAUAGAGGUCUCUUCCAACCUGAAUGAUUCUAUGACUCUAUGAUUCCAUAAAAUACUUUUGUUUAAAACAAACUCCUUGUAUCAACUGUUAGCUGGCAAAUAUGCCUUAGUGGAGCAGAGAGAAGUCCUUUGAUGCUUUCACAUUAAACCUUUCUGGUUUCGGUUUUCAGUACCCAAAACUGGUUACAAAGGAAAACUGCUAACAAAAAAAAAAAAAAAAGAAAAACAAAAUUGGAGGGACAAAGAAGCUACAGUAAACACCAGCUAGUUGUGAGACAGUUGAGAAAAUGGAAAAUGUGUUCAUAGUAAGUUCAGGAUCUGUGAACUUCAUGUUUUUCACUUCUCUUUUUUUUCUUCCAGUUCUUACGCCAUGGUUGAAUUCAAGUCAGUGUAUCUAAGGCCUUCCAUUGAGAGGUGGCUGUUCCACUGCAUCUGGGGCAUAGCAGGGCAGGAGAGGGCACCAGUUUAAGGGGAAAGGCAGCACGUGUACUAUACAGUAUUAGCUGUGUAAUGAGUGAGGCUUUGUGCUGUACUUGUACUUGUGUUAUUUUUAAUCCUUGAACAGCUGGAGCCCUGCUAGUGCCAUUCUUGGCAUGGCCUCUUGUAGGACUGGGGACGGUCCUUGGCUCUGCUGGCUCUCCUCUUUGGCGAUCAGCAGUGCACCCCAGUAACUUCAGAUGGCUGGGUCAGGUAGAGGAAGAGGACGUGCUUCAUUUACCUUCAACAUUGAAGCCAUUGGCUUCUCUAAAGGUGCUGUUCUACCUGACGUUGUGUGUAAGCCUCCACCACUAUUUCCUAGUACAGACAAUAAGCCAGUGCCUCUGAAAACAGGAGAGGAUGAAGAUUACAUGUUGGCCUUAAAACAAGAUUUUAGAGGAGCUAUGAAAAAAAUGCCAUAUUUUUUGGCAGUAGAAGAAGAUCGUGAAGCAAUUGAAAGGUACAGUAAAAAGUACAUGGAUGGUGAAAAGGAGCAUGCAGCAUGGACCCCAGAUUGGAGAAGACUCCCAAGAGAGAUGAAGCCAAAGAAAAAGAUGAAAAAAGGUUCAAAACCAAAAAAGGCAAAGAAUUCUGAGCCUAAAAGUAACUUGGAUGUAUUGAAAAAAAUUGAGGAGUUGGAAAAGAAGGAUGAUGAAGAAGAAAAAUCUGAUGAUGAGAAAGACAGAACAAAAGAUAAAGAAGGUGAAGAUGAUGAAGAAGCAGAAGAACCAGAGGAAUAUGAUGAAGAGGAACAUGAAGAGGUGUUUUAUUUAUUUUUCUGUUUACACCGAAUCAGAUCACAGUCAUUGAGCAGUGUAUUGGCUGUCAGCCAAAGAAAUGUCCCUAGCUUUUCUGAAGCAGAGGGAGAGCUGUAGAGAAAGGCACUGUUCCUUUAAUUUUCCUUGUAGUACACUAUUGCUGUAGUUAGGCAAGUGGUUUAGAUUUGUUACUCCCAAACAGCUCUGACAUACAGAGCUGGCCAACAGGAAUGUGUCCUGCCACAAACAAUACAUAAAACUAUUGAUUUUCAUCAUCAAAACAGGGCACAACAUUUACAUUUUAAAAAGAUGCCUCUUCUUUCAGAGAUACCAGAAAUUUUUUUUUCUUUCACAAGAAAUAAAUUUACAUUAACAUUUCAAAAUCUUUGUGCUCAACUAGUUUAAAACGUUUCUUCUAUAAAUUAUCUCCUUCACAGGAGUGAUAAUAUAGUGAUAAUAUAUGUAUAUGAAUAUACAUAUUUAUAUAUCAAUAUAGUGAUAAUAUUUUCAUCUGCAAUAUAUUUUUAUUUAGGAAAAUGACUAUAUUUCUUCAUACUUUGAAGAUGGAGAUGACUUUGAUGCUGGCAGUGAUGACAAUAUGGAUGAAGCAACAUACUAGCUGUUGCUGCUAGUUGGCAUACUGUUCAAGCUUUACACUACUUGAAAUAGAAUCCUGGAGGUAGGCUGAGUAUCACUGACAGAACUAAUGCUUUAGCUCUUUUGGGUUUAAGCAUACUCUCCAAAAACAUAUGGAACAAUUUUUGUAAUUGUUUUAUGCUGUGAAAUGGGAUCCUCGAUCCCACAUUUUGUUCGACACGUUUUGCAGACAUGCACUUUGUUAAGCUUCUCUGAAAUGCCUACUGAAGGAGCAAGCUAUAUGCCAGUAUAUGGCCUCCGCACAGAAAAGAAUGUAUCCGUUUUUGUUGAACUGUGCCUAAGCAUUUGCACUAGUCAAUCCUAUGCUUUAGCUGUUAAAGCAUGAAAAUAAGUGAAAUUCCUCAUAACCAGAGCAAAGCAAAAAUAGGGCCUUUAUGGAUGAAAGCUGCCCAUAUUUAGCAGCUGACUUCUUCGAAGGAAUUUAUGUUAACCUCUGAAUUCAGGUGACUGAAAAUAAUUGACCACUAAGCACUUUAACAUAGAUUGACUUGAAAGGAGUGUAGUAAUACAGACUAACAAGGUAAUGAGUAUUUUGAAGAGUUACUAUUCUAGUCAGCAGAACUCUUACUGUUAGUAUAUUGUUUAAAAGAAACGGCAAUAUUUAACAAUGUGUUUACACUGCCUGUAUGCAUCAGUAUAAGUAAUGAUUAGGGGUAAUUUCAUUUAGAAAGAGUAUAUGACAGAAUUUAAGAUUGAGAAAGUAUGUAAUUCCAGUUUUCACCAGUGGCAUGCAGUUUGAAGUGAUGAGUUUUACUACUCCUCCUCAGUUUCUCUGCCUGUUAAGGCAAUAUUAACUUUCCUACCUCGCAGAGCUGGUAAGUGAGAUGGCAGAUUAUAUCCAUGUAACACAGCGUUUGCUUACUUUUGUACAAAACAAAAAAAUUAUGGAAUGCAAAUCAAUAAAAAAGGACAUAAAUGCAAGAAAAGGAUGUGGUAAAAUAUUUUGAUUGUGGAAAAUUAGGAAAACAUGAGCGCUCAGAGUAGCAAAACUACAGUGUUUAGAAAUAUUUUAAGAUCCAACAGCCAAAAUGUAAAAAAUUUAUUCCUGAGUUUAGAAACUAGAGUGACAGAGCAGUCUGUGUGUCCCUGUGUCCUUUAAUUAUAUAAAAUAUUUAUCCAUGUUAUUACUGAUCAGAUUAUUACAUUAUCAGUUUUGUUGUAAAAAGAAUGUUCUGCUCCUUGUAACUGGUUCUAUUAGCAGGACUAAUGAAAAAAUUGUUUUAAGAGUAAACCAGUUCUUUUGCCAGCAGAGUUUUCCUCGGAAGUGUGGCAUUUUGUCAAGCAGUAUUUUAUGUCACUGCUGAUUAGAAAGUAAUACAACAUUAUUCUGUGGACUAUUCUAUGCAAUAAGAUGUGGUACUCUGAUAAAUUACCUAUGAGUUCUAAAGGAAAUUAAAAUGCAAUGUAUGUCACACCUCAGAACUACACUAAGUGUAUUUUGAAGGAGUGGUCAAUAAACAUUCUACUGAAUUAUA